UGUUAAAUUAUUUAACCGUAUUCUCCAAACACGGCCAUAGCUGACGGGUUCAGAGCGACGUCCUCACUGACCGAUGAGUUCAACGUGGCACGGGUUGCCUAGCAACGCGGUGUCAACCUCCAUUUUCACUACACAAACGUUUACAAACGUUACCGACUGGUUCAAGUGGACCGCUGUCUUUUUAAGCGUGCAUUUUGGUAUCGUCCUUUAGCGUGGAGAAGUAGGCGAGUCCUCGUGAUCCGCAAGUUAUAGUCUGUUUGGUUUGUCCGCGUAUUUUGUGAACGCUGCUCACGUGACUGAGGCCACAGAAUGGGAACGAAAGGGAAGAAGAAGUGCGAGACUCCAUGCAAAGACAAGUUUGAGCCACUAACCUUUGAGGCCAAAACUCCAGCAACAAUGGUGCUGAUGCUGAGCUCCCCAGAGGAGGACAUCCUCGUCAAAGCCUGUGAAGCAAUCCACAUAUUUGCAGAAAAAGGAGACGAGAAGAGGGUUAGUCUGCUGGGACUGGGGGCACUGGAGCCUCUCUGUCAACUCAUCACUCACAUCAACAAACUGGUCAGACGCAACGCCUUCGUAGCCUUGGGCACCAUGGCCAACAACAACGAUGAUGUAAGGAUUGCUCUGAAAAAAAUGGAUGUCAUUCCAUCAAUUAUUGACAAACUGUCACUUGAAGAAGAUCUAGUUGUCCAUGAGUUUGCGACACUGUGCCUGGCCUCUCUGUCCAUGGAUUUCAUCUGUAAGGCGCAGAUCUUUGACAACAAGGGCCUGCCACCUCUAAUCCAGCUCCUAUCCAGUCCAGAUCCUGAUGUCAAGAAGAACUCACUAGAGACCAUCUUUAACCUGGUUCAGGACUACGAAAUUCGUCUGGCAGUACAUAAGUUGGGAGGGAUUCCUCCACUUCUGGAUCUCUUGAAGUCGGACUUCCCUGUCAUUCAGCAUUUGGCUUUAAAGACACUGCAGAAUGUCAGCCUUGAUAAAGAUACAUGCAACACCUUGAUGGAAAAGCAAGGAUUUGAGAAGCUCAUGGAUAUCCUCAGUAACACGGAAUUCAGAGACCUUCAUGCUGAAGCCUUACAGGUAGUUGCUAACUGUGUGAGAGACAGUGAGAGUUUACAGCUGAUCCACAAGGUUGGAGGAUUGACGAGGCUGAUGGAGUUUGUUCUCACCCCAAAUAUGCCGGAGAUCCAGUGCAACGCUGUUAAAUGCAUCACCAGGGUGGCUCAGAGCUCUGAGAAUCGCAAACUGCUCCAUCAGCAGAAUGUGGAGACGGUUCUUGUAGAACUUCUGUCUGUGGCGGACAUCAGCGGGAAAACAGCUGCCUGCCAGGCUGUGUCCGCCAUGAGCUUCCACCAAGACAGCAAAGACCGCUUCAGAGACCUGGGUGGUAUCUUUGCAGUUGUUCAGUUGCUGAGCAAUGACAGUGUGGUGCUUAGAGAGGAAGCAACCCAGGCCCUCUCUAACCUCACACAUAGCAACCGGCUCAACGCUUUUGCAGUGUACGAGGCAGAAGGCCAUGAGAUCCUUGUCCAGCAGCUGUAUGGAAGCCGUGCCUUGACGGUGGCCAAUUCGGCUGCCACACUUUGCAACAUGGCCGCACACGUGGUCAUCCGCUGCAGUAUCUUAUCACAUGGAGCCAUACCAGCUCUGGUGGAGCCCUUGAAGUCCACAGAUACACAGGUCCUGGUGAACUCCACACUGUGCCUGGCAGUAUUGGCUUGUGAAGCAGAAGCUAGGGCAGAGCUACAAAGUGCAGGAGGCCUUCACCCACUGGUCAAUUUGCUGCACACCUAUCAAAAGGAGGUGUUGCGCAGUGCAUGCAUGGCUAUCAAUGUCUGUGCCACUGAUGUGCCCACCGCUUUGGAGAUGUGCAAAUUUGGUGCCUUGGAAAUACUUCAACAAAUAAACCAAUCAGUGAAUCGAAGAAGCCGUAUCAGUAAGCUGGCCAUGAGCAGCCUGCUCAACUCCAAUGUGUCUGUCAAAUACAGCCUGACAGGUCAUUUGGCCUACACUGAUGUUAUUAGUGAUGGCUUCUAUGACGCCGGGAAGGUCCCUGCCAGUCAGAAGAUUCUGACUUUAAAGGAACUGUCCACGCAGCCUUUCAACGCGGAACAGCCUAUCAUUUUUAUCAAUACUGCAACAGAGAAGAAGACAGAGGAUGACAAACAGAAAGAUGAGGCCCAGCCUGAGUCUGCUACAGAGAAACCAUGGAAGAUGAUGGAGGACGUCUCUUUGCAGCUUUUAGUUAAAAGGUCCAAAGAAUCCAUUAUGCUACUAAGGGAUGAACGAGAGAAGUGUGCUGCCUUGGCCAGGCUGGUGAAUGAAGCCAUGGGCGGAGCUGUGGAGAUGGAAAAGUUGCACGAAUUCUCAUGGAUGAUGCACCACGCCAACCUCAAGUUUCAGCUUCAGUCUAAUGUUGUUCCCAUCGGCUUGAUCAACAAGGGAAUCUACUGCCAUAGGGCACUUCUCUUCAAGUGUGUGGCUGAUUGCAUCGGGAUGAGCUGCACACUUGAAAGGGGUGAGUACAACCGGGCUUGGAACGAGGUACUCGUCUUCGAUAGGAAUCCCUCCAGGAAUGAGCGCUUUUCACGGCCCUGCCGCUACAUAGUAGACCUCAUGCACCAGCCUGGGAGCCUGCUGGCAGCCAGAACCGCCGCUGCUGAGCAAUACCAGACCAUAUAGAUUUUGGACUUUAGGAAGAUUAGCCGGUGCAACUGCAUCAGAUAAUGGGGAUCAGUUUAAAUAAAGCAAAUAUAGACCAACACUGCAGUGUAGAAACACUGGAGUACAUAAUGCUGUGACCAGACCUUUGACUGAGACGCAUUAUCGAUAUUGGCUUUUAUAUAUAUAUUUGUAUUUGAGUAUCAUUCAAAUUGUUUGUGGAUUGCUUUAGUAUAAACUUAUCUUCCUCUCAAUAAAACGCACUGGUUUGACCUGGAUCUUUGCCACAGAGGGUUUUAAAUGUUGUAACUGCAGAUAAAAGGGGGUCAGAAUUAGUUAAACUCUGUUUGUGGCUCAGAUAAUUCAAAGGAAAAUAUAUUUUGUUGUCAGGAGACAUUGUGCCUGCAAGGAUUACUCACCUCUGAAUAAAGUUCCGUUUGAAUAUG